CAUCGAGCCAGUGCUCCACUUCGCCCUCCUCUUCUCUCUAACAGAUGCUGCUGCUGGGUCACUGUUAUGCCGUCUAUUAAUAAUAACACAGCCCAAACGAGCCACAGCGAGGACAGACGAGCAGGGGGGGAAAUCCAACACCCACAUUUCUCGAUUUUUCUUUCUCUCCAAGCAGCGCGCGAAUAAUGUGACAUAACCUCGCUUCAACUUCCGACAAACGCGCCUUUGUACUCGACUGUUUUUUUAAUUAAUUAAUUUAUUUAUUUUAAUUAUUCUACCACAGGUGCUAUUGUUUUUUUUUUAUUCCGUCCCCGCUGCUGGCAGACAGUCUCUCGGCUCUGCUGCUGCACUUUUAUUGCGGUCAUCCAUCUGCUCGGGCGGCUGCGGCUUGUUGGUAAACACGAAUCGGAUCCCGCCGGCGAGGACUCCCUCUGGUGCAUUGAUGCACCCGUUUCAGUGGUGUAACGGGUGCUUCUGUGGUCUUGGACUGGUUUACUCCAACAAGUCGUGCACCAUGCCGCCCAUCACCUUCCAGGACCUGCCCCUCAACAUCUACAUGGUCAUCUUCGGGACAGGCAUCUUUGUCUUCAUCCUGAGCCUCAUCUUCUGCUGUUACUUCAUCAGCAAACUACGACACCAAGCCCAGAGUGAGCGGUUUGGAUACAGAGAGGUGGUUUUAAAAGGAGAUCCAAAAAAGUUGAGUCUUCAUGGGCAGACGUGCGCCGUGUGUCUCGAGGACUUCAAAGUGAAAGACGAGCUGGGAGUGUUGCCAUGCCAACAUGCCUUCCACAGGAAGUGUCUAGUAAAGUGGCUGGAGGUGCGCUGCGUCUGCCCCAUGUGCAACAAACCCAUAGCCGGACCCCCUGAGCAGCACCACAGCAUAGGGACUCUGCUGGAUGAACUGGUGUAACCGCUCAACCCCUGCCAGCCUGGGUGGGGACGCCGGCGCCCGGCCAAACACCAGCUGGUUUAAGUUAGCGACCAACAGGACGAGGAACACUGUUUUUGCCGUUAAAACACAGCAAACAUGAUGAUAGUAAUUUGGGGUAACCUAGUUACCACCCGGAGAAAGACUAUGAAGGAUGCUGUUGCCUAGCAACCAUCUCGGAGAUGGCAGCACAACACCUUGUAGUGUCUGAGAGAUUAUCUCCAUCCACCCACACAUCACUCACUCCACCACUCUUCUUUCAACAUCCCCCUAUUCACCCGCUCCGUCACAUCUUCUCGAGUGAGGUUAAUGGCACAGCUGAAGUGGAGGAGACACAGUUGCGUUUUUCACAGCAAUGUGAACAAGUGAGUGUUCCAUGAUGACGGAAGGAGGCACUGACCGCCUCUCGGAGCAUGAAUGAGUGCUAUUUGUCACGGUGGUCACAGAUAUGAGAUAUUAUCGAUAUUGGAAGAGGUUAUUGUGAAAUUAUGGAUGCCACUGGAGGAGAGGUUUUGAGACACAGAGGAGGUUACACUUCUAACAAUCCAGUAAUUUAGUUUCAAAUACAAAAGAGAAGUAGAACAAGGGUUUAACAAAACUUGUCCAGAAGCCAAAAAAAAUGUAAGAGAAAUUUAAAUAUUCUGUGGCAAAGGUGAUUGAAGCGGAUUCACGCCUCAGCAUGAGGAUCUAAAUUAUUCACAGAAGAAGCGGCUCAAACUGCAGUCCACGUGUAGCAGGUUAGUGUCUUUGCUGAUUUGUUGGACCGAUACUGAUGUGUAAAAUCCAUAUGGGGGCUCACUUCUACAGUGAUAUAAUGUAUGUUCAUGCUCCAGUUGUUUUCUCAUUCAGACAUGUUUUAUUUGUAAGUGUUAAUAUAGAUGGAAGGCACUGACACCUCCUGUCUCUCGCUGUAACAGUUAAGUUCUUUGUUGAAAUAUGUUGAUUUUUGUUUUGUUUUUGUUUUUUUUUAGAUAUUGCACUUUGAAUUUUCACAAGAAAAGAAAAAAGUUUCCAUGCCUUUGUUCUUCUAAAAUGUUCGACUAAGGUUCGUAUGCGGCACAGCAGGUCCUCUUGUUUUCAGGUGUGGUGAAUCUUUUAUAAAAGUCUGUGAAGUAUCAAGAGACGCUGCCUCUUCUGAAGAUAAAGGAAAGCAGACCCUCUGUGUUGUUCUGUGAAUCCAUCUGGGAAGCAAUUUAAUCUCACUCGCAUUUUUGUGGCAUUAUUGCUGGUGAUUCAGUUUUUACAUUCCACAGUUGUACUGUAGGGUCUUUUUUUUGUGUGAUUUACAGCGAUUCAGAAAGCGAAACACUGCCUAAAUUGAGCACAAAACUCACAAAGCACAUACAGACGCCACCUGCACUGUAAUUUAAAAAGCCAAACACACACACAGGUGAGGCUGCUGGAGUCACACGAGUCUGUUGUGUGCCAAGAAAAGAAGAAAUAAAAAAAAACAAAAAGGAAAAGCCGGCACGUGAGAAAACGUUUGCUCGGAUUCUGGCCACAUUCCACAUUUUUGUAAUCCAACAGAUGUAAAUAACUUGAAACAAUAAUAAAUACAGUUGUCUGUUUUGCUCA